AUGGCUUCCUCUAGAAAUCUGAGCCGGUUUUGGGAAUGGGGAAGAAAAAUUAUCUGCGUUGGAAGGAAUUAUGCGGAACACGCCAAGGAGCUGAAAAACGAGGUGCCCACGGAGCCAGUUUUAUUUCUUAAAUCUCCCUCAGCCUACGUGAGGGAAGGUGCGCCUGUUCUCCUGCCUUACUACACCAAUAACCUGCACCAUGAGGUGGAGCUCGGCGUUGUUAUUGGUAAAGGAGGUACAAACAUAGCUCAGUCACAUGCGAUGGACCAUGUAGAGGGCUAUGCUCUGUGCCUGGAUAUGACCGCCAGGGACAUUCAGGACCAGUGUAAGAAGAAAGGUCUUCCAUGGACUUUGGCCAAAGCCUUUGAUACAUCUUGCCCUGUUAGUGAUUUCAUCUCCAAAGAAACAAUAAAAGACCCCCACAAUCUGAAGAUAUGGUUGAAGGUGAAUGAUGACCUCAGACAGGAAGGACAUACCUCUUCAAUGAUCUUCUCCAUCCCAUUCCUCAUCAGUUACAUCAGCAGGAUAAUCACCUUGGAAGAAGGAGAUCUGAUACUGACGGGGACACCGAAGGGAGUUGCUGCCGUGGGGGAGAAUGAUGAGAUGGUGGCAGGCAUAGAUAAUAUCAUUACUAUGAAGUUUCAGAUUAAAAAACAACUGCAGUGA